CUCAUUCAAGCCAUUUGAUCGUGUUGCCACUGCCGCCUGCUCCACUAGCGCGACCCGAGCACCAUGCAGCUGCUGUCAGCGAGGCACCCCGGGGCGCUCUGCGCCGCUCUGCUCCUCCUGGGAGCCGCCAGCGCCGUCUCCGCCGAGUCGGUGAGAGAAACUCAGACCAUGGACCCAGAGAGGUAUGAAGAGGACUAUUUCUCUUCUGGAGCCUUGCCAGAUGAUGAAGAUAUCAGUGACCUCAGGCCUGACUUGACUGAAGAGAGUGUCCAGUUUUCUGGUUCUGGAGAUGAUGAUGCUGAAGAUGACACGACUUCUAUCACUGAAGAGAGUCCUAAGCUCUGGAGUGAAAACUAUAUCCCUGAAGAUGCUGGUAAGGGGACAAAGGAUGUGGAUGAAAACCCGGAGGAAGACAAUGAACUAACUCCACAUAAAGUCUUGCCCCAUGAGGAAACAAACCCGUCCAACAAGAUUUCCAUGGCCAGCACAGGAAACAGCAGCCUCUUUGAGAGAACAGAAGUUCUUGCAGCUCUUAUUGCAGGUGGGGCAGUGGGGCUGCUGUUCGCUGUCUUCCUGAUCCUCCUGUUGGUUUAUCGCAUGAAGAAAAAGGAUGAGGGGAGUUAUGAUCUGGGCAAAAAACCAAUCUACAAGAAAGCCCCAACAAAUGAAUUCUACGCUUAAAGCUACCAGCACCUUGUGCCCCUCUGGAGAGAAAAACUGACUGUUAAAGCAUUUGGACCUCAGCUGAGAUGCUCCAAACAAAUGCUCUCUUGGAUCUAAUUUCAAAGUGAUUUUAAAAAAAAUAUUUCUGUGCAACCCUUCCAUCCUGCUAAACUAACAAGGGCACAACAAAAUGCAAAGCAUCUGGACGGGGGUUGGGGGGAACCUUGUCAUGGCUGUAUUGGGGGAGGAGCGGGGAGAGGAGCGGAAAGAGGAGGAGGGCAAAAGAUUGCCAAAUUCCUUAUUUUUGGUUGAGUGGAGGGUGUAUAUAAUGUAGCUUGUAUGGAAGCCAGUUGUGUGCAUUUGCAUCUGGUGUGCAUCUCUCCAAUUUGCCUUGUUUUGUAGAAGUUUUUAUUCUAUUUCCCCUAUAGUAUUUGGCCUGCUGCAGGACAGCCACAUCAUGUAAAGCAUUUUAUAGAGAUCUUACACUACACUGUGCCAUUGCCUUAUCUGGGAGCAGCUGUGCCCUUGGCUCUGGAUGCCCAUGGGAGAAAUAACGUUGUGGCCUAUAUGGCCCUUAGGGAGACGCUUCCUCUUCCUUUUUGGCCCUUGGUAGGGUCACAAUCCGCAAAAAUCAGGAAAGCCUCUUGGCUCUGAGACUAACCUUUCCCUGUAUCAAGUCUUUUACAGGUGGAGAAACAUUACCUUUUAAUGUAGGAUUUUAUAAUUUUUUUUAGUAGGAAAAAAAUAGCCUAAUGUUUUACAUUUGUAGAAAUGGUUCUGAAAUUAAAAAUCUAGUUUAAAAAAAAAAUUCCUAAGUUUAUUUUUUUUAAUCCUUUGUUUCCUUUGGCUGGGCAUUUCUCUAGAUGUAUAUAUUGUGUUUUAUACAAUUCAUAUUCUGAACUGAAGCAGCAUUGACUACAGUAUGUUACAGGUUUCUCUUUCUAUAUAGCAGCUACUGUAUGCAAUUGAUAUUUAUGGGGAUUUUCCAUAACUUUUUUGGCUUUGAUUUUUUUAUAGGAUUAUUUAUGGUUCCUUCUCAUGUUUUGAUUUUUUCAUUUUUAUAUAUAAAACACUAAUAUAAUGAAUCUCUCAUGAUUGUCAAAACUAUUUAAGCUUUAUUCUGUGAACUUUUUUAAUUAUAAACUGAAGGCAAUAACUUCUGCAAGAAUUACUCUGUAUGCAAAAUUGGAUUCUUAAUACAUGAUUAAAGUACGUUGUAGGGAAAGAUGGGGAAUUUUUUUAGCCUGUAAUAUAUUGUAAUCAGUCCUAUAGAGCUAUAUAUUAUAUAUAUAUUUUUCCAGCAAAGUGUACAAAUGUUAAGAAUAAAAAGGCUAGAGGUUUUUGGGCUUGUGCAGCCUUACUGUGUGUAAGGGAGGGCAUAUUGGUCUAGUUUAUAUGCUGCUCUUUGUGCAAUGUCUUGUUUAUAUUGAAUGCAGUAAUAUUUUUCCUUGUGUUUUGUUCAUAACAGCUGGGGGUCAGGCUAGUGGUUGCUGAACUAGCCAGGUCACUAAUGCUGUGUGUGUGUGCCCUGAAUGCAGUGGCCAUCAGAUUAACUUCCAUGAAUUAGAAAUGGUUGCUGUGUUUUGAAAAUGCCAGCCUUGCUCCUGUCUAGCCAGUUGGUGGAGCCGAGAUCCCUUGCCCCUCAUUUCAAAGUGACACUUCUAAUUUAUGGUGUGGGAUGCAAACAAAAGUUGGAAGCUCACUGUGCAAAAGAACUAACCUUUACCUUUUCUCUAGCAAAAUUGCUGUUCAGUUUAUAGGCUAAGCUAUUAUUUUUAAGAGUUUUUUUUUUUUUUGUUUGGAACUAAUCUCCUUUAUUUCCUUUUCCCUUCAGAAGGAUGGCUUUCAGUAUUUAGACUUAUUGUUUGAUCAGGUCUCCUGCUAAGGUGGCUCUAUGGAAACACUGACUUCCUCAAGCCAUUUGCCUGUUUUAUUUUUUAAAGGUGUUCUAGUGUAUCAUUUUAAGCAGAUCCUACCUCUGUCAGAGUUGGUCCAGUUCCACAAAACAUUUUUAGUGAGUAGAUGCAUGCCUGUCCUACAGGGUUUUGCUAGUUCCAGAACUGGUGUAUAUAAAACACCCACUUAUCUUGGUCCUGUUGCAUCAGUCUUAUUUGCUAGAUCUGAGUUGCUGCCAUUCCAGAUACAAUGAAGAUUACAACAUAGCUGACUGUAGGGGUGGGUGUGUGUGUGUGUGGGGGGGGGCAACUUCAUACAACAUAACCCAUAGCAUGGUUUGAUGUCAUCUUGCACAAGACUAUUUGAAAUCAUGCUGGUUCUGAAGGCCCUGGAGAAUCUGUCUUUUUGUAGACCUUAGACCUGAUUCUCUUUCCAUUUGUAGUUAUGCACCUGUAUAACUUAACUGAAAUCAGUGCAGUUACACCUGAUUCUAGACUGGUGUAAAGGAGAGGACAAGUGGAUCUCGUCUUUGCUCUAUAGCUAUGGGGCAAGGGGUCUCCUCUGUGGACUCCAUGCUAAGGCUUGAUCCUGUAGCUUGAGAACCCCUGCAACAGUCUCUAGCAGGAGUUGUCCCAAAAAAGGAGGGGCGGGGUUGUGGUUCCUUUCAAUUCAAAGACAAGCCUGUCCCAGGGCCUAGCUGUGGAAUGAAUUAAUAUGUGGAAACUUACUUUUUUUAAAUUCUUCUGUUUAUGGAAAUGACCCAUUUGCAACUCUUGUCUACAGACAGCACCACCUGUGAAGCAUGAAUUGUCUUUUUUUUAAUGUGUGAAAGAGAUUCUCUCUCUCAUGUAAUUGCUUUUGUUUUGUUUGGGUUUUUUCCCCACUGGUACUUGAUCAAAUAAACUGGUACUUUCUAAAA